AUGGCGUCUUCUCAGAACGAUAUCGGUAGCCUUGGCGAGCCACGCGCCUUUGACACUUCUGACGUGUUUCUUCUGUCGAGAGAGGCAUUCGUCCGCAAGGCCGCAAUCGAGGCUGGCAAGUAUUGGGAAGAGAUGCAUGCUCGUAACGCGACUGCCUCUGUCGGCAAAGAGCCAGCCUACAGGCCCAAACCACGAAAAAAUGAACGAUUCAACUUUGUAUGUGCCGCCGAGACGAUUGACAUUGUCGGAACGUCGGGAAAAACCCAAGCUAGUUAA